AUGUCCAGAUCUUCAAGUUCCGAUAGAAGGAAAUCAGUCCAUAUUUUUGUUGACAAGGAACAGGCUGAUAAGUUUGCCUCUUCUAAAUCAGCUUCAAUAAACCAUUUAUACAAGUACCCAGUCGUCAUCAACAGUGCCGCUGUUUUUUUGAAAAUCCCUUUUAUCACCACUGCAGUUUCUUUGUUUUUAACCGUUUUAACUUAUAUAGAUAAUAAAAUUGCUUCUUCAAACAACAAAAGUUUGAAAAUAGUAAAGAACUACGGCGUAGAUGUAGUCAAAAAGUUGGACCAUUUUUUUAACAUUUAUUUUUUGAGAGAAUUUGUUGAUGUUUUCAUUUAUAAGUACAAAAACCAACACAAUAGUGAAUUGGGUUUUGCUUGGAUUGCAAAAUUUUUAAUCAACUAUUUCGCUCAAUUGCUAAACGUCUUCCUCAGAUUUGUGGUUGGUAAGGUUACUCAAGGGAGCACUGCUCAUGGCAGCGUUUCUAAACCAAAAGUUACAGAGGGUAGUUCAUCUGCAACAUUAGAGGACGAUUCUACUUUGGUUUCCAAUUCAGUUGAUGUUGAUCACGUUGAAGAAUUAACUCAAACAACCAAACAAUUACAACAAAACUUGAAUGACACUAGUAAGAAAUUACAACAGAAUAUCAAUGAUCAUUAUAUUGCAAAGACUAAGGGUUUUGUCACUGACAAAUACGAGGAUUUGAAGAAUAAAUACCAAGAAAAUUUGACUAGAAGUGAAAACUCUAUUCCAAGAGCUCUGGUUAAUACUGGUGUUGAUUUUUAUGAAACUUCCAUAAAGAAGAAAGAUGCUACUGAAUCUGCUAAUUCUGUUGCCACUGGUUCCUCCGAACCAGCACCUGGCUUGUCUCCUUCUGCUACUACCGCUACGACUGCUACUUCUCCAGCUACCGCUACCACUGCCACUGCUGUGUCCCAAUAA